AUGACAACAGUAAUUCCAGCAGUAACAAGACUUUCUAACAGAAUAAUAAGGAUACUUGGGUGUAAUCCUGGACCUAUGACCUUGCAAGGAACCAAUACAUACUUGAUUGGUACAGGAACGAAUCGAAUAUUGUUAGACACUGGUGAUAAAAAUGUCAAGGAGUAUCAAAAAAAUUUAAUAGAAGUAGUACAAUCAGAACAAGUUAACAUAGAGCACAUAGUUUUGACCCAUUGGCACCAUGAUCACAUAGGAGGGGUUGAAGACAUAUAUGGACCUAUUGCAAAGCAGCCAAAUAUAUGGAAACAUAAAAGAAGUGAGGAUGACUCUAAGGAUGAACCUUCAUCAUUUCCAUUAAGCUGGCUUUGUGAUGGCCAAGAAAUUAAAGUAGAAGGUGCUACCAUCAAAAUACAUCACACACCUGGACACACAACCGAUCACAUAGUUUUGACGUUAUUAGAGGAUAAUGUAAUAUUUAGCGGGGACUGUAUACUAGGUGAAGGGACUGCAGUGUUUGAAGACCUUUAUACAUACAUGAAGAGUCUAAAUAGGAUAUUAGACUUGAAACCUAGUGUAAUAUAUCCUGGUCAUGGGAAUGUUGUAGAGGACCCAAUACAGAAGAUUGAGUAUUACAUAGCACAUAGAAACCAAAGAGAAACCCAAAUUUUAGAAACUUUGAAAAAUCAUGCAGAUAAAAAUCUUACAGAAAUGGACUUGGUAAAGAUUAUAUACACAGACACUCCUGAACAUUUAUGGCCAGCUGCAGCAUAUAAUGUAAAGCAUCACUUAACAAAAUUAACAAAAGAGAAAAAAAUUAAACAGAUGGAUGUUGAUGGCGAAAGCCGGUGGCAAUAUAUACUUUCAUCAAAUUUAUAA